CAUCUGCCUGAGUGCAGCUGCAUGCCGGAGCGUAGCAGUGCCAGGAGGCUCGCUAUAGCCUACAUUGCAGGAGAGGCUCCCAGUGCAGCCAGGCUGUCACAUCAUCAUCUUCAGUACGCUGAUAUACUAGCUGGAGAUUUACCGUUCCUCCAGUGCUAUGGUGUUAUUUGCCAAUCCAUCAGUGCAUUCUCCCAGGAGGGUUGCAGUCACCACAGACGGGGAUGUACCUGCACUGAUUGCACAGUCGGCAGUAGAACUCCACUAGGAUUAAGUAGUAUUGUGCAGAGCAUGUGCAGGUGAUCAGGCAUGGGGGAACAGCUCUGCUGCUACUAAUCCUCCCACUGCCUGGGGCUGCUGCCCUGACUUCUCCACAGCUUCCUGGCAUCCCAAGGACGCAGGACUUCACUGCCACCACCUCCCCUGACUCUGUAAUCCUGUCACUUGCAGCACUCACUGAUCUCUGGCACUUCCCAGAAAACCUGUCCUGCUCCCAGUAUAAUAGACCUGCUGUGCUCCAUGAGCCACUGAGCAUCCAGCUGCUGGGUCACUGAGCUAGGCUCUCCCUCUGAAGUCAUGCAAGUCUCCAUAGCCUGCACUGAGCACAACCUGAAGGGCCGAAAUGGGGACGAUAGGCACAGCAAGCAAAACUCCAGUGGCCCCAACGUAGUCAAUGCUGCUAGGGCCAGGUUCCGCACCGUGGCCAUCAUUGCGCGGAGCCUGGGCACCUUCACCCCUCAGCAUCACAUCUCUCUAAAAGAGUCUACAGCAAAGCAGACUGGCAUGAAAUACAGAAAUCUUGGGAAAUCUGGACUCCGUGUAUCAUGCCUCGGACUCGGAACUUGGGUCACGUUUGGAGGACAAAUCUCUGAUGAGGUGGCCGAGCAGCUAAUGACCAUUGCAUAUGAAAAUGGAGUAAACCUCUUUGACACAGCAGAGGUCUAUGCGGCUGGAAAGGCCGAAGUCAUAUUGGGGAAUAUCAUCAGGAAGAAGAACUGGAGGCGUUCAAGUCUAGUCAUCACAACUAAAUUAUAUUGGGGUGGAAAAGCAGAAACAGAAAGAGGUCUAUCAAGGAAACAUAUUAUUGAAGGAUUAAAGGGCUCACUACAGAGGAUGCAGCUGGAAUAUGUGGAUGUGGUAUUUGCAAACCGGCCAGAUAGUAAUACCCCCAUGGAAGAAAUUGUCAGGGCAAUGUCGUAUGUAAUUAACCAAGGAAUGGCAAUGUACUGGGGAACAUCGCGCUGGAGUGCAAUGGAGAUUAUGGAAGCUUACUCUGUAGCGAGGCAGUUCAACCUAAUCCCUCCAGUGUGUGAGCAAGCAGAAUAUCAUCUUUUUCAAAGAGAGAAGGUAGAAGUCCAACUGCCUGAGCUGUACCAUAAGAUAGGAGUUGGAGCAGUAACUUGGUCUCCUCUAGCUUGUGGAAUCAUCUCUGGAAAAUAUGAGAAUGGAGUUCCGGAAAGCACGCGGGCAUCCCUAAAGUGCUACCAGUGGCUAAAGGACAAAAUACUGAGUGAGGAGGGCCGCAAACAGCAAGCUAAGCUGAAAGAUUUGGUACCAAUUGCAGAACGUCUGGGAUGCACUCUGCCGCAGCUUGCCGUAGCUUGGUGUCUUCGGAAUGAGGGAGUGAGUUCUGUCUUAUUGGGGUCCUCUAAUCCAGAACAACUGGUAGAAAACCUAGGAGCCAUACAGGUCCUUCCAAAGAUGACAUCCCAUAUCGUGACUGAGGUUGACAACAUUUUGGGUAACAAGCCAUACAGCAAAAAGGACUAUAGAUCGUAACAUACUACUUGAACAGCGGACUGCAUGGUUAUAGUAGUGCCCUGUAUAUAGUACAGGUUCACUAUGUAUAAUGGAUCCCCACACACCUACUCCAGUACUUAUCCUGACUGGGUAUUGCUGCCACUCGGCUCCUACACCUAGAAGCACAUAAAGGAACUGUAAACUUUAAAUAUUCUUUGUACCUGUUUCUUACCACUUGAUUUCACGCGUACUGCUUACACUGCUAUCCAAUGAAUGCUCUUAUAAAAUUAUACUACAAAUA